CGCCAGCGCCGUGUGUUUACUUCCGGCCGCCCCAGUGCGCGAGUGUCAGGCUGAGGAGGGGACCCAGCGGCCGCCCCGCCCGCGUCGCCCAGCCGGAGCCGGGCAGCGGCGGAGGGAGGGAGCGAGCGAGCGAGCGACCGACCGACCGACCGACCGACCGACCGGCCGGCCAGGGGAGGAGCAGCCCGCGCCCGCAGCGGCGGCCCCCAUGAGCGGGCGGUGAGCGGCGAGGCGGCGGCGGGAGCUUCCCGGCGCGGCGGGGACCCAGCCAUGGACUGGCUCAUGGGGAAGUCCAAGGGAAAGCCAAACGGUAAAAAGCCAGCACCGGAAGAGAAGAAACUUUACCUAGAGCCAGAAUACACAAAAUCCAGAAUUACUGACUUUGAAUUUAAGGAGCUAGUGAUGUUACCACGAGAAAUAGACCUCAACGAGUGGCUAGCCAGCAACACAACAACUUUCUUUCAUCACAUCAACUUACAGUAUAGUACAAUCUCAGAAUUCUGUACAGGAGAGUCAUGUCAGACCAUGGCAGUGUGCAAUACACAGUACUACUGGUAUGAUGAGCGGGGAAAGAAGAUCAAGUGCACUGCUCCUCAAUAUGUUGACUUCGUCAUGAGUUCAGUGCAGAAACUAGUGACAGAUGAGGACGUCUUUCCAACAAAAUACGGCAAGGAAUUCCCAAACUCCUUUGAAUCCCUAGUGAAGAAGAUCUGCAAGUACCUGUUCCAUGUGCUGGCCCAUAUCUACUCCUCACACUUUAAGGAGACUUUGGCACUGGAGCUGCACGGACAUUUAAACACGCUCUACACACACUUUAUCCUAUUCAUCAGGGAGUUCAACCUCGUGGACCCUAAAGAGACCACCAUCAUGGACGACCUCACAGAGGUCCUCUGCAGCAGCAGUGGGAGCAGCAGUAACGGGGGCGGCAACGGGAGCAGCAACAGCGCAGGAGCACAGAACCAUGUGAAAGAGAGAUGAGCCCUCCUACAGGAUCAAAACUAACAUUAAAAACAAUAUUAUAUAUUCUGUGUGUAUGUGUAUGUAUACGUUCAGAUAUACAUACAGACAUAUACAGCAAUGAAACCUGAAAGAAAUUAUGCUGCCACCACGGGACGUGUAGUCGUAUGGGACUGUAUGGAGCUUUGGUUUAAUGCGCCACCUGGCGAGAAGUUGCACCAAUUUUAUUUUAUUUUCUGUCCACUCCUCCUUUUACCUAUUCAGAUGGAUGAUGAGUGCUGUUUUUAGAGAAGAGCCAAGCUUGAGAGUGGGGCCACUCUUGGUUUUUUUGGUUGUUUUUUGUUUGGUUGGUUGUUUUUUUGUUUUUCUUUCUUUGGUCUUGAGUGCAAGCCCUUUGUCUUUCUAGGAUGGUGGUCCUGCCAUUUAAAAAAUAUCUAUUAUAUUAUAAGAAGUGACUUUUA